AUUUAAUUAGAGAUUUAAACAUGACCAAAACAAAAAAGGGAUUAGAGAUUUAAACAGAGAAGACUAGUAACUCCUGUAUACAUCCAUCCUUUGCAAUUGCAUCUCCUCGAAGUUGAUUCUACACUCAAUCACUCUUCUUUGUAUACAGAUCUGAUUGUAUAGGUAGUUACAAUGGAUGAGUUGAAAACAGCUUUAGAUGAACACAUGGAUCUCGUCUCUCAUCUCUUCGAGAACCUCUCCUCUCAACUCCGGUCCGGAAUGCGCCCUGCUCUCGACAAUUUCAUCGGCUUUUUUCACGCUAUUGAUUGGAAGGAACCUUGGUUGAUGGGCCUGAUGGGGUUCUAUGUUAUUUUGCUCAUAGUAGCAAUUUUCUCGAGGAAGAAUAUCAAUUUUCAGACGUUCCUGUUUCUUUUCUCAUUGGCUGGUGUAUAUUUUGCCGAGAAUAUGAAUGCCCUUUUGGCUUACAACUGGCAAAGGUUUGCUGGGCAGAACUAUUUUGAUGCCCAUGGUGUAUUUGUGUCAGUCCUAUGGUCAGGACCCCUUCUGGUUGUUGCAGUCAUAAUCCUGGUGAACACGCUAUUUUCUACAUGUCAACUGAUGGUAAGAUGGAAAAGAGCCGAACUUAGGCACCGAGCAAGACUUGCUCGUGAGAAAACUGAAUGAUAUCUUGGACAGUUGUGUCUCAGGGAAACCUCUAGAUUUCCUUGGUUAUCUCAAAAUAUAUGUUUAAUCCAUUGGCAAUUCUUGAAGAGAGAGAUACUUUAACAGCGUAAACUAUCAAGUAGCUAGUGUCUUUUUAUAUAUCCUUAUAGAUAAGCCUAAUAUAUUUUGUUAAGUUCACACUUCAAGGAACAAAAUAUUCUUGCAACACCUUUUGAUGGUGCCUUAAUUUUGUUUUCUGGACAUCUUGAUAACUAGGUUCUAGUUAGUAUUCUAAUGUUAUGAUGACUAUUACUGUAAUUUUGUAAUUCUAUUGUCAAGUAAGUUCAACUUCCAUUUAA